AGUCAGCCUUCCUCAGCCGCAUCGUGUUAGACACCAACGCUCGAACCCUUAACGCUAUCCUCUUGAUUGAUGACCUUGAUAUCGCUCUCACCAUCACGAGUACAUAGAUAGGCGCUAGAAAGAGGCGUACCAGCGCCGCUACGACGUGUAGUACGUUGCCUUCGGCCAUGCGGUCAGUGCGAGCGGCCACUUCAACGAUACAGCUGCACCCCGCGAUACACACGCCCAGGCAGAAGGGGUCAUGAGCGCCCCGACAGCAGGUCCGGCAGUAUCAUCCGCUGAUACGGAGAAGCAGGCAAGGAGCAAGGAAGUUGCUUUUGCAGAUCAGUGCAUCCUGAUACCAGUCGGAUACUCUAGUGCCAUCCCAUCCUACCCAGCAAACGAACAUGAGUCAUCUUCGCUCGCGGGCCCUAGCCGAAGCAGAGGCUCUGAUGACCUGCAACGCAUGCCGCCUCAGCACAUCACGCAAGUAUACAAUCCCGUCUCCGCCGAUGAGCCGGCUCUCCCUCAGACAGAAAUACAGCAGCAACAUCAUCAGCCAAGGGCAGAGGGUCCCUUGGUCUCAAAAGAUGCGACACUGAGCACUACCAACACUCUACCAGUCCCCUCGCUGAAGAGUAUCCUCAAACAGCCCGGAAGAGCUAGAGCGAGUAGCAUGAGCAGAGACCAAAGCUCCUCAUCCGUUUCGAUGAGAUCUACCUCUACUGCUGCCGCUGCUGCCUCUCCAAUCGCGCCGGGCACACCUGUCAAGGUCGUUCCGCAAUCCUUCAAGGCAACUUUGCAGGCGCCUACGCCCCAGAAGGGAGUCGCAGCGCCAAGGCCUGCCUACCGACCGCUUGUUCUCGGAUCGGCCAGCGACGAUGAAGAUGACUUACCUGCACCACGUAUAGCAGCCGCACCAGCGCUAUCAGCUCCUCUUUCCCAAGCUUCGGCACCCCUCAAGUCCCCCAAGCGUUACCCUCAUGACGGCCAGGGUCCGCCAGUGAUCCAUUCAGAAGGGCUGCUGAUAGCAGCUGGCAGGCAACACCGGAACACUUUUGAGUCCACGGCGAGGUCGUUGCCUUCAUCACCGUCAUUCUCUGCUGCUGAGCUGCCAGCAAAAUCGUCGCCCUCUUUGGAUCUGCCCGGCACACAGGAUGGGUCGCAGCAACAUUCAGGGGCUUCUCGCACGAGCGGUCUCUCCGCCAAGACGCUUAGCCCUGCCGAAACGAGCACUGCACGUACAUCGGGCAGCACGCUCACACGGUCGGUUUCUGAAUCCUCUCAUCUCGUGAGAGCUGCCCCCGGUAGUCAUCGACCACAUUGGCUGAGAAGGGGCAGGAGCUCUCCUUUGUCUCAGCCCGAAGAGCCUACGACAGAUGAUCAUGCCUCUGACUCGGAGUUGGAUCAAUCCUCGCCGAUUGUAUCAGAGCCUGAGCUAGUGCCACUGAAUAUCGACUGUGUCUGCCAGCACUGCUCGGGCAGGAUCAACGCCAGCCUCAGUGCGACGUACAUUGCUCACUGGUCAAAAGGUGCAAGGGCGAAAUGGCUAGCGGACCGCAAGCAAGCAGCUCAGAAUGAGAUUGGAGGAGAGCGGAUCAAAGCUCAAGCACUGAGUCUGUCCCGCAGCGAUACCGCGCUGGUGUUACCUGACAGUAGUAGAAGGUCGACAAGAUCGCCGCCUCCGCUGUCUGCACAGCGGGCCAAUGACCCGACGAGGAUAUCUGCGCCCAUAGGCUCUCAUCAGAGCUUCAGAGGCGUGGUCACAUAUCAUUCGGUCUUACAACCCUCGGCAAACGAUUCUGCCCGAUCGAACGAAGCUCACGUAGCACUGAGACCUCCGCCCGCUGUCGAGCAAAGUGAUGAAGAUGCAAACGCUGACUUGCAGCAGAUUCUGGACCGCAACAAGGGAAUUGGCACAUCUCUGGCUGACAAAGUUCAAGUCGACGAGGUCGACAAGAAGCAUGGGCGGGCCAGUCAACCUAAUGUUCUUGCGGGACUGUCGUCUCCUGAGCUCGAGAUGGCUCAUGAUGGAUACUUUCAACCUGUGGAUUCGUUCCCGGCCUUUCGUUCAAGUCCGGUUGGAGUCAGCGAGGAGGAGACCAUCGACGCAGACGCAGCUCUUGCUCACCAAGUCGAGCUCGAAGUCAGAGCUCGAGAAGAGAGGCAUAGGAACGAGAAGGUGCGCAGAAGAGGUGGCGCCCGAGCUAUGAUGGCUAUGCUGGAGGAAGCCGGAACGCAAGAGGACAUCGCAAAGGAGCAGAGACUCCUGCGGAGAUCGUCUCUUAAUAGUGACGCCCAGCCUCCGGUCACAAGCGGCCAUGAGGACUCGCUUGGAAGAAUCAUUGCUCCUCCUUCGCCCGCCCUCUCGUCGCCAGUCCUUCGCUCGAAUAGCCCCUUCUUCGAUCGAUUGAGAGACGGCUUGAGGAGCUCCAGUCGAAACUCCAAUAGGAGCACCCCAUCCGAAGACUCAAGACAUGCGCAUGCUGCACCUGAAGUCCAGUCGACCCAGGCACAGCACACCGUACCACCUACAAACAAGUCGCAAACUCCAGAGGAUGAUCGUGCUCGACGUGGGAGACAUAGUACGGGCGGUAUAAAGGAGAAGAGCUCCACAAGAGGGUCGGACGCGCUCUUGACCCCUGCCAUGAACCAGUCUCAUCUUUCGGCGCGGCUCACCGGCAAAGAGCAUGCACACAGUCCUUCUCCAUCUCAGUCCCCGAAAUCAGACAGCUCUCGUCCAACGAAGCCAAGUAAGCUAGGUUCGAGCCCUGCUCCCACUCCUGCGCUUCUUCUGCCUCCGGUCUCGAAGGUAUCACCUUUGUCUGGAAGCGUGGAGGACAGCAAGAGUGCAGACCCACUUCGUGCGAAACGUCCGAGCGCCGACGAGCGCAGGGUUGUGGAUCCCGACAGGUUGGCUGUAGCUACGACGAAAGGUCUUGCGUCAAGCAGCGCUAUGUCUCCCCUGAAGAGCUCACAGAGCAGGGACAAGGACAAGGUGUAUUUUGGUACAACAUGGAACCCGUCCCUUUCUUCUAGCGCGGCCUCUCUACCCUCUGGGUCUACUCCUCCAGAGGGCAAAGGUUCUGCAGCCCAGGCAUCGAAAGGGGCAGCCACUUCGGUGCCUCAGCUCGAACCUGGUACAUCUGCAUCUGCCGUGCAGCAGCGAGAGGGAGCCGCGACAAAGAAGCCGUCUGCUCCUCGCGAGAGUGUCAACCCACCCUCUGGCACCGCUGCUGGUGCCACUUCGUCGCCGACUCCUCGUCGAUCUGCCAGUCAGGGCCAGCCAUCGUCGCUACAGAGGGAGACAGAGAAGAAGGCAGCCCAAUCCCAGUCUAAGUCAUCUGCUGCCUCGGCUGCCAGUGCAGAUCAGACGGCGGAAAGGCUGAAGAAGCGGAGCUUGCGCAGAAGGUUGUCUGCGCCUAUCAAGGGCUUCUUUGAGUCGAUUUCGUAG